AGUAUGGGUCGAUAAAGGGAAAACCGCUGUUUCUCUCUUUCUGUCUUCUGGAGUAAAAUAUCCCAAAUCUCUCUCUCCGAUUAUCCCCAAAUCCGGCUCGAUCGAGCUCUCCCUCUCUACUGGGGAAUCCAGCGGGGAACCCUAAACCUAGCAUUCUCGCUAUGCCACACUCUCUGCUUCUGUUCUCCACUGCCUGAUAAACCCUAAGGGAGAGCACCCUUCCGAGGUCGACAAGACUUCCAGGAGACGGUAAUCUCCCUUUUUGGAGAUUUCGCUUCGAUCGGUGGAAGAUUGAGGGGAUUCCUUGUGACGCGGUGGACUCUGCUUCGUGGAAGAGCUCGUGACGUUCCCGAUCGGAGGAACUGAUAUCGGCUUCGGUUGUGUUGUGUUCGUGGAUUGAUUGGGGGUGAUUCUAUCUCUGUCGCUGCGUACUGCUGAGCUCCCUUGUUCGGAUAGACAGUUCGGAAUCGGGGUUGAAGAUGUUGUCUGGCUGUUAAAUUCUGCCCCCAGUGGUUGGACUACCAAUUUCGUGGGGUCACAGUUUUCUGAUAAACAGCGUUGUGAUUCCGGAGGCGAAUGCUGCAACAGUUUUGACAGAGACGUCAGUGGAUGCGUUAUAAAGGUUCUUGCGGAGGCGUGCUGGCUGGAGUAGCAUCGGGAAGCUCCUGAUUAGUUGGUUUGGUUUGAAUUCCUUUCGAUUGAGUACUGGGAAGAAUCUAGAGGGGGAAAAAGAGUUCAACUUUUGUGUAUUGAUUUUUCUAUUUUAUGGCCUUUGAGUUGAAUACAAAGGUCCUGUUUUUGGGAGGCCUUUAAUUUCUUUCUAUUUGAUUUGCUUUGAUUUUGGUUAUAUAUAUCUAAUCUUAAGAAAAGGAGAAAUGGCAGUGUAUUACAAGUUUAAGAGUGCAAAAGAUUAUGAUUUAAUCCCAAUGGACGGGCCCUUUAUAUCGGUUGGUAUUUUGAAAGAAAAAAUAUUUGAAUCAAAGCACCUGGGCAGGGGUACAGACUUCGAUCUGGUGGUGACUAAUGCCCAAACUAAUGAAGAGUAUCUUGAUGAAGCAUCGUUAAUUCCAAAAAGUACUGCUGUGUUAAUUCGCCGAGUUCCUGGUCGCCCUCGCAUGCCCAUUGUAACUGAGCAAGAACCAAAGGUGGAAACUAGGGCAGAGGAUAUCCCACAAGAGAAAAGUGGCUUUGCAGGUGCUGACUCGUCUACUUUUAAAUAUACGGAAGAGACCGAGUGGGAUGAGUUUGGUAAUGACUUAUAUGCAAUCCCGGAAGUUGCACCUGUACAAUCAAGCAUUCCGCCUCCUGAAGCUCCUCCUGCUAGCAAGGCUGAGGAGGAAUCCAAGAUUAAAGCCUUAAUUGAUACUCCGGCUUUAGAUUGGCAGCGCCAAGGUAAUGAUGGCUUUGGCCUCGGUAGAGGUUUUGGCCGGGGGAUGGGUGGUCGAAUGGGUGGACGUGGCUUCGGAAUGGAGAGGAAAAAUCCACCGCAAGGUUAUGUGUGCCACAGGUGUAAGGUACCAGGACAUUUUAUUCAGCACUGCCCCACCAAUGGUGAUCCGAAUUAUGAUAUCAAGAGAGUAAAACCUCCCACAGGAAUCCCAAAGUCGAUGCUAAUGGCAACACCAGAUGGCUCAUAUGCAUUGCCGAGUGGUGAUGUUGCUGUUUUAAGACCAAAUGAGGCUGCAUUUGAGAGAGAAAUCGAAGGAUUGCCCUCCACGAGACAUGUUGGCGAUCUUCCGCCAGAACUUCAUUGUCCCUUGUGCAAAGAAGUUAUGAAAGAUGCUGUGCUGACAAGCAGGUGUUGUUUCCAAAGCUUUUGUGACAAAUGUAUUAGAGAUUACAUUAUCUCGAAAUCAAAGUGUGUCUGUGGGGCAACAAGUAUUCUUGCAGAUGAUCUUCUUCCGAACAAGACUCUUAGGGAUACCAUUAAUCGUAUCCUAGAGUCGGGCAACAAUAGCACUGAUAAUGCUGGAAGCACUUUCCACGUCCAAGAUAUGGAGUCAGCUCGUUGUCCACAGCCCAAGUUUCCUUCUCCCACACAGUCUGCUGCAUCAAAAGAAGAGCCAAGGCUGCCUCCUCCGUCUUCUGAACCAACCGCUACGCAUAACAUCAAGCUAACGACCGUUGAGGAGAAGCCUGUUCCUGGACCUGUUCCCCCACUAGCUGUCGAGAAGCCAAGAACUUCAAAGGUGGUUAAUGCAUCAGAGGUUACACAUGAGUCGAUGAGUGUGAAGGAGGCAGCAGCAUCACAAGAUAGCGCUCCCCUCAUGGAGGAAGAAGUGCAGCAGAAGCUUGCUCCUGGUGAUGCUGCGAAGAAAAAGAAAAAGAAGAAAGUCCGCAUGCCUCCAAAUGAUAUGUGGAAGGCUUCUCACGAUCUUGGACCCGAGAAUUUCAUGAUGCCUAUGCCCCCUGCUGCAUUCAAUCCUUACAUGAUGGGCGGGAUGCAACCACCUGCGGUGGACCCAUAUAUGAAUCCUUAUGGUGGUGGUGGUCCAAUGCCGUUUAUGGGUUACGGCCUCGGCCCGUUGGACAUGCCUCCUUUUGGAGGUAUGAUGCCACCGGAUCCUUUUGCUCCGCAAGGGUUUAUGAACAAUAUGAUGCCAAUGAUACCACCUCAGAGGGAUCUUGCUGAGUUGGGUAUGGGAAUGGGGAUGGGAAUGGGUAUGGGGAUGAAUCAUGGUCCUCCAGCAAUGAGCAGAGAAGAAUUUGAGGCUCGGAAAGCUGAGAUGAGGAGGCGGCGUGAGAUGGAGAGGCGAGCUGCUGAAAGGUUUUCGAUUGAUUGUUUCGUAUGUUUGGUGGUCCCAUUUGCGCGGUGGAAGAUUAGUCUGCCCAAUGGGUUGGAAUCUGAGCUCGGUUUGGACUUGGAAAAAGCUCUUGAUAACAUGCUAAUUGUUGGGUGCAGCCACAGGGAGUUUCGGAGAGAGCGGGAAUUCGGAAGAGAAGUGAGCAGCACCGGACCUAACAAUGGUGGUCCGUCGAUGAAAUCUAGGAACAUCCCUCCGACGGGCGAUUCUCACCACCACCGUCACCGACCAUCCCCUGACCGCUCCGCCGCCCGGGAUCUCGACGGGCCACCACCACCUCUCCCGCCGCAGCGCUCUUCCAAGAGAAAGUCCGACCACAACGAUCACGGCAGCAGCCGCGAUAAGGAUAAGGAUCGAGACUACGACCAUCACAACCACGAGCAGCGAGACCGGGAAAGAGAUUACGAUCAUUCUGAUCGCGAGCGUGGCGGUGAUCGCCACCGCAAGCGCUCGGAAUCUUCAGCUAAAACGGCUUCCGACUCCGCAGCAGCUGCCGCUGCAGCAGCUGAGCGUAAGCGCAAAGCGAGUGUGUUCUCGCGGAUCAGCUUCCCGGAGGGAGAAGCGGCCAGCAAGAAGCGGAAGGGGUCUUCCUCCGCCGCUGCUGCCGAAGCAGCUUCUUCAGCUGCUGGUGGAAAGUCCUCUGCAUCGGGCAACGGAUACCACGACAGGAAGUCAUCUACGUCCGCUUCCGUCGGUGGUGGAGGCAGGAAGAGCGCAGUAGCGGCGGACUACGAGUCGAGCGACGAUGACGAGAGGCAUUUCAAGAGGAAGCCGUCGAGGUAUGAGCCGUCUCCUCCCCCGCAGCCAGAGGGGGAAGAGGAUGUGAAGCAUUCAUCCAGAAGCAGGAAGCAUAGGUGAAAAAUGAAUGGAGAACGAAAUUGCAAAAUGAGAUAGGUGCAAAGCUCGAUUGACCGUGCUCUUCUUCCGCUGCCAUUGGCCCGUGCUUUUCUGCUCCUGUAUCUUGUACAUGAUGAGAAUUGAGAGAUGUUUUACUCUGUUCUUUCUGGUUUUGGAAUGUGGAAUUUUCCCAUAUUUUCCCAUAAAAAGAUAAAAGAGUUACGGAGCAGAAGCUGCUGAUACCUGGCCUGGCACUUUCCCUUUUCAUUUGACGAACGCGUGGUAAUUGUCUGUUGUUUAAGUGGUCGUUCCUUUUUACAAUAAGAAAUCGUUUUGCAGUUGGCUGAAUUUAGUUGUCAAUCACACAAAUAAUAGUAGCAAUUUGUAUUCAAGU